AACAAAGGCCGACAGACCGUUGAAUGAGGAAAAUCCAAGCGACUAAUUGACAAGACCACCUAACCUCUCUCUUCUCCAUUUUCUCUGUCCAUCCAAACAAAAUUUUUACGGUAAAAAUUCUUGGAUGGUUCUUCCUAGAAAAUGCGGUGAAACGAAAACAAACGAAAAGACCAACCCAACGUUCUGCUCCUCCUCUGUCGCCUCCGCCUCCUCCCCCGCCGCGCCAUGGAUGUUCGCUUUUCUCUCUGUUGUCUUCUCCUAUCAAUUCUUGCUUCUCUUCGAUGCUUCUCCGUCGUUUAUGGCGAUGCUAAUCUCACCAAAUCUUCUCCUACGCCAAUCAACCGCGAUCUCUACCAUUCCAGUAGCGAUUUGAUCGAAGAAAUAAAGUCUUUGGUCCAUAGGCACCCUGAUAAACUAAUGAUAGAGACUAUGAAAACUGCAAACAAAGGUUAUGAGGCAGAGAUCACGGUGGUUACUUAUUGCCGGAGUAGGAAAGAGAGUGAUGACAGGUCAAAGUUUCGGAUCCUUCUUAGUUUUGGACAGCAUGGGAGGGAGCUUAUCACAACUGAGCUGGCAUUGCGGAUCUUGUCAAUCUUAAGUGAAGAACAAUUUCUGCCAAAAAUGAAUCGAGCUACCUUAGACAGCAUCCUUGAUAAGGUCAUUAUAAAGGCUUUAUUUAUGCCAUAUGACCACAAAAAUGUGACCCCAGAGGGAUUGACAGCUCACCGUGUGAAAUUGCUGCUUGAGGAACUGAAUAAAGUGCAUUGCCAUAAGCGUUGCAUGAUUGGGUCGGGUGGAGGUUCUGUCGGGUAUCUGGCGCAUGGAACCGCAACAGAUUACAUGUAUGACAUUGUAAAAGUACCAAUGGCAUUCACCUUUGAGAUUUAUGGAGAUGGCACAGCCUCGCCAAAAGACUGCUUUAAAAUGUUCAAUCCAUUUUCAUGAUUUCAUCUUAGAUUUUUUUUUUUGGCCAACCACAAUAGAAGUUUUCAUCUGAGACUAACAUACCAAAUUGCAUAAAUCUUAGAUUCAUUAGUCUUCGAAGGAGAUGGGAUAAACUCUAAAACUAAAGAUUUGUCUUUGGUCUCAGAGAGUUCUCAAUGAUUGGUCUUCUGCAUUUUUCACAAUCUUCAAGCUGUUACCAGAUCAGCUUGAUGUACAUUCAAAGGCAGCUGCUGCUACAUCUAAUUUGGACAAAUCAGUAUCCAUAGAUGAAUAUCUUGAUGGUUAUUUAGUGGAAAGGAGAAGUCAACGUGUAAAGAAAAUCGAGGUAAUCGAGGUUGGAAUGCAGGAGAUCAGAACAUAUUUCAGGCUCUUCUUACUGUCCUCGGUGCUUUUACUUUUCAUGUUCUGCUCUAGAAUCUCAAAGGGAAGUAGACAAAUUGUUUCCCCUAUGUCCCUUUGACAUUUAAAACACUUAGGGCAGUUUUUUCUAUUUAUUCUUUUUUCUUUUUUUUUGGGAUAAUUGUAGCAAGAAAGUUAAAUUCUAAAUUCUUUGGGAUGAUAUGUAUUAUGAAUAGAAAACACUAAUUUUUGUACUGUGGUUGGCUUCUUCAUUCUUCUUAGUUGAUACACAAGUUUUUGCCUACUCUCUCUGUAUUUAAAUUAGGUACGUGAGAUCAGUAGAU